UGUUUUAAAGCAGUAGGGGGACAGCACUUUUAAUGCAUUUACUUUUGCGCUGUGGCCAGCUAUUCCAAAGGGAGGACUUCAGUGCUUGGGGGUAGGGGGUGAGGCUGCUAUGGGAGGGGAGGAUGGAGAAUAGGAAGUGACAGACUUUGAUUGUCUUUGGACAGGCAGCCAUGGCCUCACGGCCCACUCGGGACCCCGCGGUCCCUGACUUAUUUUCGGAGCUGCCGCCCGCAGUUACAACUCCGGCCAACCAGAGUGGAGAGGCCUCAGCGGCCAAUGGGUCGGCGGCCAGCCCGGGCGCUCAGGCCGCCACGCCCUUCCAGAGCCUGCAGCUGGUGCACCAGCUCAAGGGGCUGAUCGUUCUGCUCUACAGCGUCGUGGUGGUCGUGGGGCUGGUGGGCAACUGCCUGCUGGUGCUGGUGAUCGCACGGGUGCGCCGGCUGCACAACGUGACCAACUUCCUCAUCGGCAACCUGGCCUUGUCCGAUGUGCUCAUGUGCGCCGCCUGCGUGCCGCUCACCCUGGCCUACGCCUUCGAGCCGCGCGGCUGGGUGUUCGGCGGCGGCCUGUGCCACCUGGUCUUCUUCCUGCAGCCGGUCACCGUCUAUGUGUCGGUGUUCACUCUCACCACCAUCGCGGUGGACCGUUACGUCGUGCUGGUGCACCCGCUGCGCAGGCGCAUCUCGCUGCGCCUCAGCGCUUACGCCGUACUGGCCAUCUGGGCGCUGUCCGCGGUGCUGGCGCUGCCCGCGGCCGUGCACACCUACCACGUCGAGCUCAAGCCACACGACGUGCGCCUCUGUGAGGAGUUCUGGGGCUCCCAGGAACGCCAGCGCCAGCUCUACGCCUGGGGACUGCUGCUCGUCACCUACCUGCUCCCCCUGCUGGUCAUCCUCUUGUCUUAUGUCCGGGUGUCGGUGAAGCUUAGAAACCGCGUGGUGCCGGGCUGCGUGACCCAGAGCCAGGCCGACUGGGAUCGCGCGCGGCGCCGCCGCACUUUCUGCUUGCUGGUGGUGGUGGUGGUGGUGUUCGCGGUCUGCUGGCUGCCGCUGCACAUCUUCAACCUGCUGCGAGACCUCGACCCGCGCGCCAUCGACCCCUACGCCUUCGGGCUGGUGCAGCUGCUCUGUCACUGGCUCGCCAUGAGUUCAGCCUGCUACAACCCAUUCAUCUAUGCCUGGCUGCACGACAGCUUCCGCGAGGAGCUGAGAAAGCUGUUGCUGGCCUGGCCUCGCAAGAUUGCGCCACAUGGCCAGAGCAUGACCGUCAGCGUGGUCAUUUGAUGCCACUGUGCCAAGUCUUGGCUGGGGCGUUCCAUCUCCACUGGCUUCCGAGGAUGCCAGCUGAGGUGGGACUGGAGCGCCAGAGCUGAGCUCACACAGGGCAAAAUUUCCAGCCCAGUCCACUUGUCCAUCCGCCUGUUUUGUGCUUGUGUCUUUGUAAAACGUUAA